UAGGGAGGGAUGAGAGCGUGUGCAUCCGCGGAGUGUGUGUGUGUGGUGUGAGUGUUUGGACCCCCCCCCCUCCUCCUCAACUAGCUGCGGAGAGAUUAGUGAAGCCAGCUCCACUCACUACUAACAGACGUGUGUGUGGGGGGGUUUGCAAUACGCGUGAAUCAUGCUCGUCGUCAUUACUACCGGCUGGGAGUGGAGCCGAAAUUGUGCAAGAUACGGAUAACAGCGAAGAGAGGACCGUGUGGACUGACUGAAGUUUCCAGGUCUCCUCAUUCUGCCUUGAAAAAUGCCUCACCGGGGGCUCCUCUUCUGCUGCCGCUGCUGCUCGGACCCAUCUCAUUACGCUGCCUCUCUCACGUGUGCUUUAUGCUGAAGAAGAAGUGACCGGGAUCAACCUGUAAAGGAGCCUGUGAGGGCGACUGAAGCCAGAAACCCAAGCGCGUGCGGAUAUUUUCCCUUUUGCGCCGUGCGGAGAUUUUCCUCAAGUGGAAGGAGGUGUGCGAGUUGAGGGGGAGAAGUUGUACUUGUUGGUCAAAUAGGAAACAUGGGGAACGCAGGGAGCAUGGACCAGCACACUGAUCUCAGAGGACACAACAUGCCUCUCAAACUGCCUAUGCCUGAGCCAGGUGAACUGGAGGAAAGAUUUGCAACCGUUUUGAACUCGAUGAAUCUUCCUCCAGAUAAAGCGCGACUGUUGCGUCAGUAUGACAACGAGAAGAAGUGGGAGCUCAUCUGUGAUCAGGAGCGAUUCCAAGUGAAAAACCCACCUCACACGUACCUCCAAAAGCUGAGGAGUUAUCUAGACCCCGCAGUCACAAGAAAGAAAUUCAGACGGAGAGUUCAGGAGUCCACCCAAGUCCUCAGAGAGCUGGAAAUUUCGUUACGGACCAAUCAUAUUGGGUGGGUAAGAGAAUUCUUAAAUGAAGAGAACAAAGGCCUGGACGUGCUGGUGGAGUAUCUGUCUUUUGCACAGUAUGCCGUCACGUUUGAUGGAGACUGUGUGGAGAACAACCCAGAGGCUGCGAUGGAUAAGUCUAAGCCCUGGAGCCGCUCUAUAGAAGACCUGCACGGAGGAAGCACCCUGCCGUCUCCCAUCACUGGGAACGGCAUCACACGUGCUGGCCGACAUUCCACAAUACGUUGCAACACACUGCCGAGCCGGAGAACUCUGAAAAACUCCCGACUGGUAUGCAAGAAAGACGAUGUCCACGUCUGCAUCAUGUGCCUGCGUGCUAUCAUGAACUACCAGUACGGCUUCAACAUGGUCAUGUCACACCCACAUGCUGUGAAUGAAAUUGCAUUGAGUCUCAACAAUAAAAACCCAAGAACUAAAGCUCUGGUCUUGGAGCUCCUGGCGGCAGUUUGUCUCGUGAGAGGAGGCCACGAAAUAAUUCUCUCUGCCUUCGACAACUUUAAGGAGGUGUGUAUGGAGACACAGCGGUUUGAGAGGCUAAUGGAGUAUUUCAAGAAUGAGGAUAACAACAUUGACUUCAUGGUGGCCUGUAUGCAGUUCAUCAACAUAGUUGUGCACUCGGUGGAGGACAUGAACUUCAGGGUUCAUCUACAGUUCGACUUCACCAAGCUGUGUCUGGACGACUACUUAGACAAACUUAAGCAUACGGAGAGCGAUAAGCUGCAGGUUCAGAUCCAGGCCUACUUGGAUAAUGUGUUUGACGUGGGAGCCCUUCUGGAGGAUGCGGAGACCAAAAAUGCUGCCCUGGAGCGAGUGGAGGAGCUGGAGGAGAACAUGUCGCAUAUGACAGAGAAGCUGCAGGACAUGGAGAACGAGGCCAUGUCAAAGAUCGUGGAGCUGGAGAAGCAGCUGAUGCAAAGGAACAAGGACCUUGAAUCCAUCAGGGAAGUCUACAAAGACACGAGCGCGCAGGUACACUCACUGCGGCAGAUGUUGAAGGAGAAGGACGAGGCCAUCCAACGACAGAGCAACCUGGAGAAGAAGAUCCAUGAACUGGAGAAACAAGGCACCAUCAAGAUUCACAAGAGGGGAGACGGAGACAUCUCCAUCCUGCCCUCGCCACCCUUCGGUGUGGAGGGCUUGCCGGGUUCCUUGAUGGGAGGAAACGGUACAACUUUUAGUCCAAACCAUAUGGGAGUUGGAACGGGCAGCCUCGCUCCACCACCACCUCCCCCACCCCCUCCACUGCCGGUGAACGGCACAUUGUCAAACGGCCCAUCAUUGGCCAUUCCUGCAGCAGCAGCUCCCCCUCCUCCACCGCCUCCCCCUCCACCGCCGCCUCCUCCCCCAGGGCCAGCCUCAGCACCAAUGCCACCUCCGCCUCCUCCUGCAGCCCCACCACUGCCCGGCUGUGGGACGCCCACUGUCAUCAUGAACUCUGGGUUAGCAGCCGUUAAGAUCAAGAAACCCAUCAAGACAAAGUUCCGCAUGCCUGUCUUCAACUGGGUAGCCCUGAAACCAAACCAGAUCAACGGGACUGUCUUCAAUGAGAUUGAUGAUGAGCGGAUACUUGAGGACCUGAAUGUGGACGAGUUCGAGGAGAUGUUCAAGACGAAAGCCCAGGGCCCGGCAAUCGACCUCACCAUGAGCAGGCAGGUCAGCCACAAGGGGCCCAACAAGGUGACGCUACUGGACUCCAACAGAGCGAAGAACCUGGCCAUCACACUGAGGAAAGUGGGCAAGACUCCUGAGGAGAUCUGCAAGGCCAUUCAGAUAUUUGACCUACGAACUCUGCCGGUUGACUUUGUGGAGUGUCUGAUGCGCUUCCAGCCCACAGAGAAUGAGAUUAAAACCAUGCGUCAGUUUGAGAAGGAGCGCAAGCCACUGGAGAGCCUGACAGAUGAGGACCGCUUCAUGAUGCAGUUCAGUAAAAUCGAGCGACUCAUGCAGAAGAUGACCAUCAUGGCCUUCAUCGGCAACUUCUAUGAAAGCGUGCAGAUGCUCACGCCGCAACUUCAUGCAGUCAUCGCAGCAUCUGUGUCCAUCAAGUCAUCACAGAAGCUUAAGAAAAUUCUAGAGAUUAUCUUGGCACUUGGAAACUACAUGAACAGCAGCAAAAGAGGAGCGGUGUACGGAUUCAAGCUGCAAAGUUUAGACUUGCUACUUGAUACCAAGUCGACGGACCGUAAGAUGACGUUGUUACACUACAUAGCCAAUGUGGUAAAGGAGAAAUAUGCGCAAGUUUCUCUCUUCUACAACGAGCUGCACUAUGUGGAGAAGGCUGCAGCAGUGUCGUUGGACAACGUCCUGCUGGAUGUUAAGGAGCUGAACAGAGGCAUGGAGCUGACCAAAAGAGAGUACAGCAUGCACGGCCACAACACCAUGCUCAAAGACUUCAUCGCGCAUAAUGAGAGCAAGCUGAAGAAGUUGCAGGAUGACGCUAAGAUUGCACAGGAUGCCUUUGAUGAGGCGGUGAAGUUCUUUGGGGAAAACUCCAAAACAACACCGCCCUCCGUCUUCUUCCCUGUGUUUGUGCGAUUUGUGAGGGCUUACAGGCAAGCAGAGGAGGACAACGAGCAGAAGAAGAGACAGGAGCAGAUUAUGAUGGAGAAACUUCUCGAACAGGAGGCCAUGAUGGAGGAAGACCAGAAAUCUCCAUCUCAUAAGAACAAGCGGCAGCAGCAAGAGCUAAUCCAGGAACUCAGGAGGAAACAGGUGAAAGACAGCCGCCACGUCUAUGAAGGCAAAGAUGGAGCAAUUGAGGACAUCAUCACGGCCCUAAAGAAGAAUAAUAUUACUAAAUUUCCCAAUGUCUACUCGAGGGUAAGGAACUCCUCCAGUAGCACCUCUGUAGUGGUGGAUGUGUCCCAAACCUGGCAAGCAUCUCUUUAUUACCUCCCUUCCUGUUUUACCUUAUUUUCAUUUAGGGUCUGCUCAGUGUUGACCUACCUGUCCAUUUAGGUUCUCCUAAUUAUUAUCUCCUACAGAACAGUAAAUGUGAUAUCUGAUGAUAAAAAAAAUAGUCACUCUUUUGAGUUAUUACCCGCCCUUUUUACGGGGAAGAUGCACAUGCAAGGGGUUUUCUACAUUUCUGGGAGAAGCCUACAAGUCAAACCCCUGUGGCCUGUCUCAGUUGUAACACCCAGAGACAGCUGACCCCCAAGGCUUUGUGUGUAGAACUCAUGCUGCUUUGAAAGACAGGCUGCCAGCACUCUUGAGCAUAUGGGCUCAUCAAAACACCUUGACAAGAUGACUGACAGCUCUUUUCUUCACCCUCCCCCAACCCCGCCAUCCAAUCCCCUUUCUUCCCUCUCAGAUUUGAGGAAUCAGCCUUACAGGCGGGCAGACGCUGUGCGAAGAAGUGUCCGGAGACGCUUUGACGAUCAGAACCUGCGGCCGGUGAAUAGCGGCGAAGUGGUCAUGUGACGAGGGAACAGUGAAUGUGCUGGGGUGGGGGAAAGAUGGUGAGGAUGUGUAACGUCAAUAGAGGAAAACACAGGAUGUUGGACGCAGAGUGAAGGACGAUAAGUGAAAAACGGCGAGUGUAUUGUAGCGACCAUAGAGAUGAGUAUGUAUAUAUAUUACAUAAGAAUACACGUUAUGCCAUGUCUGUGGGAUAGUAGCAGCAUUUCACUAUGAAGGACUGGGACAUGUAUGGGACUGAAUUUAAAGUGUCUGAAAGGUUGAUUCAGAAACCUUAGACAAGCCAAGUGCCUGAACAUAAUUUUGAGGGGAUGUCACGCCGUCUUCUGUUUGUCUGAUGACUGUUUUUAAAUACUCCCCACUUCAAGCAAUACAACUUGAUCUGGCUUUAAUUUUAAGAUGUGUAAAACUGGACUUGCGGUGAGCCUUGAGAGCCACGUGAAGAGAUGCUUCCUUGGAAAAUGUAGAAUGUAUGGGAUGAUUUCCCUUCAGCUGUUUCAAAUAUUGCAUCUGUUUGAUAACCGUAGUAUUACAGUACAUUCCGGUGCUCUUUUCAACAAAAAGGGCUGAUGAUAAGGCACAAAAAAGUUGAUCAGGAAAUAAUUCAAACUCUAUAUUUGUACUAAAGUAAAAGGAUGAUGAAGAAUGAACAGAAAAGACAUAAAAAACAGUAAUUCAUUUCCAAACAAGAGGCUAAUGCGAAUUAUAUAGCCUACAUCAGGCCUCUCUAGCCUACAAUGACUUCUCUUUCAUAAGUUACUACGCUUAACAGAGCAAGCCUCAAAACUGUACCGUCCAUUUUAAAUGUUGCAUUUCUGUAGCAGCACAGCGAUUUCUCUGGUUUCAGGGAACAAGUUGAGGCCGACAGGGGGGAAACGAGCCUGUAAACACAACAUAAAAUAAAAUUUUCGACAAAAUGUAGCAACAGCACAAAAGAUGCUGAACCCUACUGGAUGAUCUCAUUGUUAAAACUGGAUAUAACCUUUUUUUUUUUUUUUUUUUUUUACAGAUUAUAAAUUCCAGGUUUACUGUGUCUACUCAUUUUAUUGUAAUUUUAAUGUAUAGUAUUUAACCACUGAAAGGAUUCCUUUAAGCUCAUGCUUUCAUGUAAUACGUGUCCAUGAUCAUUAAAAACAUGUUCAUCAUCAAAAACAUGCUAAAACACGUUUCCUAAAUGUACAGAUAUUUUGCUACAAACCAUGUUUUCUUCUUUUUCUUAAUUCACAUUACCAGAUGGUUAAUAUUGUACAUAUUGUUUAAACAAAAGUUUUCAUUGCCUUGUGCUAUACAACUUGAAUGUUAUUUUAACUUAUAGUUUGUUUCCAUUUUUGUAUAUUUAAUGAAGCCAAAUGCAGCCAGAAUCUACAGUAGUCUCAGUCAUGCAGGAGACUUGUGGGUGUGUCACAGGUGCGUCAAAGCCAGCUACGAAAACGUGCAACAUGUUUCGCAAGAGUUGGUACAUUUGAACAGAUUGAAAUUCAUACACAAUGUAUCUAAUAAAACUAGUUUCUAUUAAUUUGACCUGUGAUUAGCUGGUUUUGUUGCUUAGUGAUGCACCCUCCUGUAAUUAUCUCCACUGAAGCACAUGCUGCCGAUCAUCUCCUUUUUCUGUCAACUUCACUGUGUGUAAUAGCAACAUUUCUCUAACUGGAUAAUACUGGCAUGUUUUUUUUUUGUUUUUUUACUUUCACCAGAAAUGUAUUUUAGGCAGUUUGUGCUUAUUACAAAAUAACAAACUUUUUAAAAAAUUAGGUGUUAUGAGAUUUCCAACGAAUAUGAUCAAAUAAACUAUUUACAUUGAAUAUAGAA